AUGGUCGCUCUUGAAAAUAGGGUGAAGCGUACAGACGCGCGCGUGUUGGCGCUUGAGGAAAAGGUGGAGUUGGUUGAUGUUGGGGCAACGUUAGUGGCAGACAGGCUAGUUCAGUUAGAAAAGGAGCGAAACGAGCUCCGGGAUGACGUUGUUUAUUUGAAAUCGCAGUCAAUGCGUAAUAACCUAGUGUUUAUGAAUAUCCCGGAAGACAACUCAACAGGAAAUGAGCCGCCCGAAGUCACAGAGCGGAAGCUCCGCGAUCACAUAGAGGAAACACUUAAGGUCGCCAAAGAAACCGCUGACACCAUACGUUUCGGGCGUGUACACCGCGCGCCAGGAUAUCCGGUUCACGGCAAAGUGCGAAAUAUAGUCGCAAAAUUUACCUUCUUCAGGGACAGGGAACUAGUGAGGAAACAAUGGAAACACCUUACAGGUACAAACUACCAAAUGCACGAGCAGUUUCCAUCGGAAGUGGUAGAGAAGCGGCACAAACUGGUUCCCCACAUGAAAGAUGCCAGAAAGGAAGGUAAACGUGCGUGGAUCGCAUACGACACGUUGUACGUCGACGGCAAACCGGUACGUCCCUAG